CUGGGCGGGGCUCCGCGCGGGCGGAGGAGACGGCGCGGUAGGUGACCGAGCGCGGGCAGGGGCCAUGGCCAUGCCAGGCUGCUGCGGCGCGCUGCGGGCCUUCCUCUUCGAGUACGACACGCCGCGCAUUGUGCUCAUCCGCAGCCGUAAAGUGGGGCUCAUGAACCGAGUCGUGCAGCUGCUCAUCCUGGCCUACGUCAUCGGGUGGGUCUUCGUGUGGGAAAAGGGGUACCAGGAGAAGGACUCCGUGGUCAGCUCCGUGACGACCAAGGCCAAAGGUGUGGCUGUGACCAACACUUCUGAGCUGGGGUUCCGGAGCUGGGAUGUGGCCGAUUACGUGGUCCCUGCUCAGGAGGAAAACUCGCUCUUUGUCAUGACCAACAUGAUCAUCACCGUGAACCAGACCCAGGGCACCUGUCCCGAGAUUCCUGAUAAGACCACAGUGUGCGAAUCUGACGCCGACUGCACUGCGGAUUCCGCGGGCAGCCACAGCGAUGGAGUCAAGACGGGGAGAUGUGUGCCGUUCAACGGGUCCGUGCAGACCUGCGAGGUGGCAUCCUGGUGCCCGGUGGAGGACGACUCUCGGGUGCCCAGACCUGCUUUUUUAAAGGCUGCAGAAAACUUCACGCUUUUGCUUAAGAACAACAUCUGGUAUCCCAAGUUCAACUUCACCAAGAGGAAUAUCCUCCCCAACAUCUCCACCGCCUACCUCAAGUCCUGUGUGUACGACGCGCACACCGACCCCUUCUGCCCCAUCUUCCGCCUGGGCCAGAUCGUGGCGAGUGCGGGCCACAGCUUCCAGGACAUGGCCGUGGAGGGAGGCAUCAUGGGCAUCCAGGUGAACUGGGACUGCAACCUGGACCUCGCCGCUGCCCUCUGCCUGCCCCGCUACUCCUUCCGGCGCCUGGACACGCGGGACCCGGACCACAACGUGUCCCCGGGCUACAACUUCAGGUUCGCCAAGUACUACAGGGACCUCGCUGGCCAGGAGCAGCGCUCACUCAUCAAGGCCUACGGCAUCCGUUUCGACGUCAUCGUGUUCGGAAAGGCUGGGAAGUUCGACAUCAUCCCCACCAUGAUCAACGUGGGCUCUGGCCUGGCGCUGCUGGGCGUGGCCACAGUGCUGUGCGACGUCAUCGUCCUGUACUGCAUGAAGAAGAGGUAUUACUACCGGGAGAAGAAGUACAAGUUUGUGGAAGAUUACGAGCAGGGCCUUGCUGGGGACACAGACCAGUGAUGCUGCCCCGGGCCACACCAGGCUCCCGAGACCCUUGCGGACGAACAGGAAGAAGGGAGAAAUGGGUGCUGUGUUGCUCGAGAAUGUUCUGGAUUUGGGCUCCGUCCCCACAAGGCCUCGGGGCGGCUGCAGCUGUGUUCUGUGCAGAGGGAGGGUCCCUUUGCCCCCCGCAGCGCAGUGGUCCCCUUGUUAGCUGGGCCACCUCUAGGGCAUCCCGGUGAGUGGCCAGCCUGAGGCAGCAACACUGCUAUGGCUCAUGGGGCUGCCUGUCCUCAAGGGCCUCAGCGUCCCCCAUGAGGACAGGUCCAGGUCUCUGAGCCAAGCACCUUGCAAGGAAAGAGAACCUGGGAGUGGUGGUGCACACUUGUCACUCGGGGAGGCUGAGGCGAGAGGAUCUCUGUAGGUUGGAGGUCAGUCUGGGCUACACAGUGAGUUCAAGGCCAGCCUGGAGGAAAUAGAGACCCUGUCUCAAACCAGAGGAAAGAAAAGGAAGGGCUCCCCGGUGUGGUCACCAGACCUGUAGCAGGCCCGAGCGGCUGUUCCUUCUCCCCCCACCAGAGACAUUGUCCUUCCUUCCCAUUUCUCUUCUAAGAGUGGCUGUGCUGAGUUGACUGAGGUCCAAACAUUAAAACAGGUGAUUUUUCUUA